AUGGCUGACUUACCUGACGGCCUCAUCGCUUUCGGACCUGAAGCCAACUGCACACUCGAUCUUUGUCCGAUAGAAUGGAGCAUUCUUCGUUACCAGCCUUCUGUUCCCGCUAGCGGCACCUUCAUUGGCUUCUUCUCUUUAGCAUUGGCUUUACACGCCAUUCUGGGGUUCAAAUGGAAAACUUGGGGGUUCGCAGCGAGCAUGAUCAGUGGUUGUGUUUUGGAAAUCGUUGGCUACGUAGGGAGACUCUUCAUCCACGACAACCCAUUUGACUUUAAUGGAUUUCUCAUGCAAAUCAUUUGCAUCACAAUAGCUCCGGUCUUCUUCUCUGCCGCCAUUUACGUUACACUUUCUCAGACCAUCAACUUCCUCGAUCGAUCGAUUUCCCGAUUUCCACCUCGCCUCUACUAUUGGACAUUCAUCCCGGUUGACAUUGUCUCCUUGAUUCUUCAGGCUGUAGGAGGCGCGAUGUCCUCCGUCAGCACGACGAAGGAGGCUGCGGACCGAGGCGUCAAGAUUUCACUCGCUGGACUUGUGUUACAAGUUGUCUCGCUUGCGGUGUUCUGCGGACUGUUUGGAGACUACAUGAUCGCUUACACUCGAUCAAAAACUCGUCCUUCGAUGAGCAGGAGACUCGUGGUCUUCCUAGCUUUCCUGAGCCUUGGUACCAUGUUUGUACUGCUGCGUUGCGUCUAUCGAAUCGUAGAGCUGCAUGAGGGCUACUUCAGUCACUGGUUCCGAGACGAAACACUGUUCAUCGCGUUAGAGUCAGCCGUUAUGGUUCUAGCCGUUUUUUCUUUGUUAGUCGGACACCCGGGACUUGUAUUCAACAAGAAGGAGAGAGAAAGACUUGACGCAAACAAUGCGCUUAAUUUAGCGUCACGCGAGGGCGCAGCUCACCCAUCCCUCCUCGAUUGUGCCAGAGCUGAUAGGAAAGCCGCAGAUGCCUCCGAAGCUACACUCCAAUCGCCGAACAAAUUCAAGUUAGCGGUAAAGGACAACAUUGCGACCCAAGGGCUGCCGACAACAUGCUCCUCCGCCAUCCUUUCCUCCCACAAAAGCCCCUACGAGGCCACCGUCGUGCGCCAGCUCCGAGAACGAGGUGCUCAGGUCGUCGGGAAGACCAAUAUGGAUGAAUUUGGCAUGGGAUCACACUCUCUGAACUCGAUCCACGGCUCCGUGCUAAAUCCUCUGUCUGCGACGCCCACCUCUGCUGGCGGUAGCUCAGGAGGCAGCGCGGUUGCGGUUCAGACUGGUGAAGCGGACGUCGCGCUGGGGACGGAUACGGGCGGUUCAAUUCGCCUUCCUGCGGCGUACUGCGGCGUGGUCGGAUACAAGCCUUCCUACGGCAUGCUGUCACGGUUUGGGGUUGUUCCGUAUGCGAACUCCUUGGAUACCGUUGGUCUGCUCGCUAGGGAUGUUGACGUUAUCGAGGAUUUGAUGUUCAGCACGGCACUGGACGCGGAACACGACUCUCAGGACCCGACAUCCUUGUCAAAGAGCUUCCGAAAGAAGCAGCAGAGUCGAGCGGUCACUGGUCGAUCACGGCUUCGAAUCGGCAUUCCUCUAGAAUACAAUAUUGAAGAAUUGGACCCCAAGAUCAAAGCAGCAUGGUCUGACGCGGCAGACCUGUUGCAGAAAUCCGGCAUAGAGGUGGUUCCGGUAUCAUUACCGUCCACAAAGCACGCUCUAUCAGCAUACUACGUCAUUGCGCCGGCAGAAGCAUCUUCCAACCUCGCGAAAUACGAUGGCGUCCGCUACGGCACACGUGGCGACGAGAGCGACGGCGCUGGCGAGGUCCUCUACUCCAAGACUCGCGGUCUUGGCUUCGGCGAAGAAGUCAGACGCCGCAUCCUCCUCGGCGCCUAUAGCUUGAGCUCCGAGGCAAUGGACAACUACUUUAUCCAAGCCCAGCGGGUGCGCAAGCUCGUCCAGAGAGACUUUGACCGUGUCUUUAGGCUGGAGAAUCCCCUCUACGACGAACAGCAGUUCGACUUGAGCGAUAUCAAGGAUGAAGUCGAGCUCCAGGACAAGCUUGGCCCGUCGCAAGUAGACUUUUUGUUGUGUCCUACUGCGCCGACUUUUGCACCGCGUAUUGAGGAUAUCAAGCAGCAGACACCGGUGCAAGUAUACAUGAAUGAUGUCUUUACGGUGCCGGCCAGUCUCGCUGGACUACCGGCCAUCAGUAUUCCUACCAAGAUCAAGGUGGGAGCUGAAGAGGUGGACGGUAGUCGGAGUGUGGCGGGUCUCCAGCUAAUCGGUCAGUACUGGGAUGACAAGCGGUUGCUCAGCGUGGCCAAGAAUCUCCUUCGCCAACUAUCUGCUUGA